GAGGCACUUCUCGUCCAGAGCCCAGGUAAUCCGGGCGGGAUCAGCUGGCGUCGCGAUGUGAUGACGUCAGGCCCCGGGCAGGCCCGGCGUGGCGCGCUGGGCGUGCGCGGCUGCUGUCCGGCAUGUUGGUCCCAGCGGUUCAGCUGAGGUAGGGACGUGCUGUAGGCCGGAAUGUUACCGGCUGUUGGAUCUGCGGAUGAGGAAGAGGAUUGUCCUGAAUUGGUUCCCAUUGAGACGACGCAAAGCGAGGAGGAGGAAAAGUCUGGCCUCGGCGCCAAGAUCCCAGUCACAAUCAUCACCGGGUAUUUAGGUGCUGGGAAGACAACACUUCUGAACUAUAUUUUGACAGAGCAACAUAGUAAAAGAGUAGCGGUCAUUUUAAAUGAAUUUGGGGAAGGAAGUGCGCUGGAGAAAUCCUUAGCUGUCAGCCAAGGUGGAGAGCUCUAUGAAGAGUGGCUGGAACUUAGAAACGGUUGCCUCUGCUGUUCAGUGAGGGACAAUGGCCUUAGAGCUAUUGAGAAUUUGAUGCAAAAGAAGGGGAAAUUUGAUUACAUACUGUUAGAGACCACUGGAUUAGCAGAUCCUGGUGCAGUGGCUUCUGUGUUUUGGGUUGAUGCUGAAUUAGGGAGUGAUAUUUACCUUGAUGGUAUCAUAACUAUUGUGGAUUCAAAAUAUGGAUUAAAACAUUUAACAGAAGAGAAACCUGAUGGCCUUAUCAAUGAAGCUACUAAGCAAGUUGCUUUGGCAGAUAUCAUUCUCAUUAAUAAAACAGACUUGGUUCCAGAAGAAGAUGUAAAGAAAUUAAGAACGACAAUUAGAUCCAUAAAUGGACUAGGACAAAUCUUAGAAACACAAAGAUCAAGAGUUGAUCUCUCUAAUGUAUUAGAUCUUCAUGCCUUUGAUAGUCUCUCUGGAAUAAGUUUGCAGAAAAAACUUAAGCAUGUGCCAGGAACACAACCUCACCUUGAUCAGAGUAUUGUUACAAUCACAUUUGAAGUACCAGGAAAUGCAAAGGAAGAACAUCUUAAUAUGUUUAUUCAGAAUCUCCUGUGGGAAAAGAAUGUGAGAAACAAGGACAAUCACUGCAUGGAGGUCAUAAGGCUGAAGGGAUUGGUGUCAAUCAAAGACAAAUCACAACAAGUGAUUGUCCAGGGUGUCCAUGAGCUCUAUGAUCUGGAGGAGACUCCAGUGAGCUGGAAGGAUGACACUGAGAGAACAAAUCGAUUGGUCCUCCUUGGCAGAAAUUUAGAUAAGGAUAUCCUUAAACAGCUGUUUAUAGCUACUGUGACAGAAACAGAAAAGCAGUGGACAACACAUUUCAAAGAAGAUCAAGUUUGUACGUAACACUAGAGGCAUUUCUUAUCAAAAGGAUUGGAUAAUAAAAAUAAGUUUCUACUGGGUAUAUUUCAAGCAUUUAUUUAUUACUUUAGUUACGAAUUCCAAUAUACUUUAAAAUGGUAUUUGUUUUACAGCAUACAUAAAAUGUAGCAAAUCAGUACUGUAAAACAUUUAACAUUCAUACAAUUAUAUAUAAUAUCCUUUUUUUUAAAGAAUGGUAUUUCACAAAAAUAUCUUUUGAAAUUGGCUUUGGAGUUUACAUAUACUUAACAUGAAAGUUUAUAAUAAUGAUGAUACAACUUUCAACAUUGUCAUUUUUUCUUAGAACUGCAGCUGAUUGCAGAGAUAUAAUGAUUACAUUGUUAUUAAAUUUUUUUAACACAAGCAAGUGUCACCAUUUUAUGACAUGAAAUAAAAGGUUAUGACUGUUA